AAUACCGCGCGAAAUGAUGAGGUCAUCCUGCGGCGAUCGCGGCGACUGCUAAUGACGCCAUAAAUUGCUAUACUCUGAACUCACACGCGGACAUCAGCAAAAGGGAGGCUGUUUGACUGAAAAAAACAUCAUGGGUAAACAGAAGACAAAAAAGUACGCAGUGAUGAAAAGAAUGAUUAGUUUAAAGGAUCACAGGAUAAAACCACAAGAUCGUGCAAAAGAAAAGGUGAAGAAGAAGAAAGACCCCUCAGCGCUAAAAGUGACAGAAGUGACAAAGUACCCAUCAUGUCUGUUCUUCCAGUACAACACACAGCUGGGUCCCCCCUACCACAUCCUGGUCGACACUAAUUUCAUCAAUUUUUCAAUUAAGGCCAAACUUGACAUAGUGCAAUCCAUGAUGGACUGUCUCUACGCCAAGUGCAUCCCCUACAUCACAGACUGUGUCAUGGCUGAAAUCGAGAAACUGGGGAUGAAGUACCGAGUCGCUCUAAGGAUAGCAAAGGAUCCUCGCUUUGAGAGACUGCCUUGCUCACACAGUGGAACGUAUGCUGACGACUGUUUAGUCCAGAGGGUCACACAGCACAAGUGUUACAUUUUGGCCACGGUGGACAGAGAUCUGAAGAGAAGGGUCAGGAAGAUCCCAGGAGUGCCAAUCAUGUACAUCUCCAACCACAGGUAUAACAUUGAAAGGAUGCCAGAUGACUAUGGUGCUCCAAGGUUUUAACCCUGGACAGGGAUGGACAUGGAGCAGAACAUCUACUUACAUGGAGCUGGUGUCGGGAUCAUUGUACUACUUUGGAUGCAAACUUCCCCUAUUUACAGGAUUCAUCUUAAUGUAAAGACCUAAUAUUCUGGGUUACAGGUUUGACCAGCUAAUAUAAGUGAAUCUUGAAAUCAGUUUUCUAAAAUCCAUUGACUUUGUUUUAAUUCAAUAUUAACUUCAUUUUCUACUAUGAGCAGUUGUCUAUACCUGCACAAUACUAUUUAUGUAGUUUUUAUGUGCAGGGUUUGUUUAGAAAAAUGUAAUUGCAUUCCUUUGGCCCCAGAGUACCCAGACUUUAUGUUUUGGUUGUGUGAACAAUGUUGUAUUUGGAUCAGAUAUACAAUGCAAUUCACUAUACAAGUAUUGUUGUAUUAAAGUUGUGUUUCCGCAAUUCUUA